UCACGUGCCUACAGCCGCCUUGGAGAGGGUGCAGGUCGCCAGUGGCGGCGGAGGGUGGGCUUUGUAGCCGGCCGUGUCCACCCAGAGCGGAGUCCGUGCACCGGCAGGAUGUCCCUCGGUGCCUAUUGUGUCAUCUGUUGCAGAAGAAUAGGAACCUCUGCUUCCCGUUUAAAAAGUCGCACAUCCUGGAGAAACAUCCGGAAUAUAAUAAGAUUUACCGGAUCCUUUAUUUUAGGGGGUUCUUUAUUUCUUACUUAUGAAGUUCUGGCCCUGAAGAAGUCUUUAACAUUAGACACUCAGGUGGUAGAAAGAGAAAAAAUGAAGUCUUAUAUCUAUGUGCACACAGUUCCUGCAGACAAGUUAGAAACUCAUGGGCUUGUUUGGCAGGCAAGAAAAGAACUUCACAAAGCAGUAAGAAAAGUGUUGGCAGCAUCAGCCAGGGUACUGCGGAACCCAUUUUCUGACUCUUUCAGCACGGUUGACAUAGAAGAUCAUGACUGCGCAGUGUGGCUGCUCCUGAGGAAGAGCCGGGAGGAUGACAGAGCCGCACGACUGGAGGCUGUGCAGGAAAUGUCACAGGCACACCACUGGCACGACUAUCAGUACAGGGUGAUUGCUCAAGCCUGUGACCCGAGGACCCUUAUCGGUUUGGCACGAAGCAAAGAAAGUGAUCUUCGUUUUUUUCUCCCACCCCCUCCUUUGCCGUCUUUAAAAGAAGAUUCCUCCACUGAAGAGGAACUCAGGCAUUUGCUGGCUUCUUUACCUCAGACAGAAAUCGAUGAGUGUCUCCAGUAUUUUACUUCCUUGGCUCUUAGUGAAAGCAGCCAGAGCCUGGCUGCGCAGAAGGGAGGACUGUGGUGCUUUGGAGGAAAUGGGCUUCCUUAUGCGGAAAGCUUUGGAGAAGUUCCCUCAGCCACAGUGGAGAUGUUCUGCCUGGAAGCUAUAGUAAAGCAUUCAGAGAUACCCUCACACUGUGACCACAUUGAAGCAGGCGGGGGCCUGCAACUGCUGCAGAGGCUCUACCAGCUUCACAAGGACUGCCCCAAAGUACAGAGAAACAUCAUGAGGAUCAUUGGAAACAUGGCCUUGAACGAGCAUCUUCACCCGGCCAUAAUCCGCUCAGGCUGGGUUUCUUUAAUGGCAGAAGCUUUGAAAUCCUUCCACAUCAUGGAGGCCUCCCAUGCUGCCAGAACCCUGGCCAAUCUAGACCGAGAAACCGUGCAUGAGAAAUACCAGGAUGGGGUGUACGUGCUCCAUCCCCAGUGCCGGACAAGUCAGCCCAUUAAAGCCGAUGUCCUUUUUAUUCAUGGCCUGAUGGGAGCAGCAUUUAAAACCUGGCGCCAGCAGGACAGUGAACGGGUUCUACUGGAAAAUUCUUUGGUGGAUGAGGACAGGUACACCAUGUGCUGGCCCAAGACUUGGCUAGCAAAAGACUGUCCCGCGCUUCGCAUUAUAUCCGUGGAGUAUGACACCAGCCUCAGUGACUGGAGAGCACGGUGCCCCAUGGAGAGAAAGUCCAUUGCAUUCAGAAGCAACGAACUUCUUAGCAAGCUCAGAGCUGCUGGUGUUGGGGAUAGGCCAAUGAUUUGGAUAUCACAUAGCAUGGGAGGUCUUCUUGUCAAAAAGAUGUUGUUGGAAGCCUCUAAGAAGCCAGAACUGAGCGCUGUCAUAAACAAUACCAGAGGAAUGAUUUUUUACAGUGUCCCUCACCACGGAUCACAUUUGGCCGAAUACUCGGUUAAUAUCCGAUAUCUUCUCUUUCCUUCUUUGGAAGUGAAAGAGCUCAGCAAGGAUUCUCCUGCACUUCAGACCCUACAGGACGACUUCAUGGAGUUUGCAAAAGACAAGAACUUCCAGGUGCUGAGUUUUGUGGAAACACAGCCAACGUUUAUCGGCAGCAUGAUUAAGCUGCAUAUCGUGCCUGUGGAGUCAGCAGACUUAGGCAUUGGGGAUCUAAUUCCUGUGGAUGUCAACCACCUGAACAUCUGUAAGCCGAAGACAAAGGAUGCGUUUUUGUAUCAGCGCACCCUACAGUUCAUCCGUGAAACCUUAGCCAGAGACCUUGAAAAGUGACAGCGGCUAUCUCCCGUCCUCGGUGUGAAUACAGUACAGGAACCGUGGUACUGUCCUCUAGUUCAUCCGCGAAACCUUAGCCAGAGACUCUUGAGAAGUGACAGCUGCUGUCUCCUGUCCUCGGUGUGAAUACAGUACAGGAACCGUGGUACCCUCCUCUUCUUAGGCUCCGUGCGGUUCUCUGCAGUCACAUGGCAGCCUAGUCUGCCAGUGUGCAGACAGCAGAAGGCAGCUUUUCACAGAGUGCUGGGGCAGAGCCGCUGUGACCAGAGCGCCUGUCCACCUAGACCAUCCUAGAUUAUCCCAGUGCCCUGAAGGCCACUCAGCGUACCAUGAACCUGCCAUUUGGAGAGAGCAAGUUGGAACUUAGAGAGGCAGUGUUUGUCGUGUGUGCCAUGGGCUGUAAGUUCUAGUGCCAGUUUUUUUUUUUUUUUUUUUGGUUUUUCGAGACAGGGUUUCUCUGUGGCUUUGGAGCCUGUCCUGGAACUAACUCUGUAGACCAGGCUGUUAACAUUAAUGUGUCAGCUACAUAUUUGGCACGCCCUCUGCACGCACACCAGUGUAUGUCUGGUCUUGCACGCAUCUGUUUUUCCUUGUUGCUGAGAACAGUCUUUUUUUUUCCCCCUAAAACUUGUUUCUAGGCUAUUUUACCUAGUUCUGCAGCACUGUGCUCUGGAUACAGCUAGAGUAAGGAUCAGCAUAUGAAAAGGACUGUGUGAAGCUGUCAGGUACACUAACCGAGAGCUAUCAGGACUCGACCCUCCGGCUACAAAAGGGACAGCUUCCCUUUGUGUUUCCUUUAGAGGUACUUCCGGCAUGGGAAAGUAGGAAGUCAUGCUCAUGGACUUUUUUGUGUUUGAGUAAUAGCAUUAUUGACAUGAAAUUCAUUUAUUUCUUUCCUCCUUUUUUUAAAAAAUUUUUUUCGUUUGUGGUGCUAGGGUCACACCCAGACAUUGUGCAUGCUAGCCAAGUACUCUGCCAGUAAACCACGUCCUCAGCCUCCAGUUUCCCAUCUCACUGAUGUUUGGUUUAUUCGGAGUUACCAGCGAUCACCACUGUCCAUUUUAGACUAUUUUAUCAUCCUCAGAGAAGCUUACUGAGCAGCAGUUUCCUCCGUCCCAGCCCCCUGGUAAACACUAACAUAUUUUCCAUCUUCAUGAAUUUGCCUAACUGUGCCUUCACCUUGUUGAUCUUAGCAUAAUGAAAAUCUUGCAUUGGUCCUUUCCUGUUUCUGUUCCCUCGCUGCCAUAAGGUGAGCAGUUUGGCUAAUCCUACCAGUCUGCCAUGUGGCCCUGUCUCACUCAGUGGGACCGGUGACCACUGACAGAAACUAUGAGCCAAAGUAACUGUUUCUUCCCUAAGCUCUGCUGCCCAGGUGUUUGUCAUAGCAGUGAAGGGGAUACAGUUCUGCUCUAAAACCGAUCUAAAAAGAGCUAUCUGGUGUGUCACUAAAUCACUGUUGCUGCUUUUCCUGUUUACAUGAUGGAAAGGCCAUUAUCACAAAUGUGUAGAUGAAGUUUAUCAUACGCAAGACCAAGGGGGAAAGAAAUGCAGGCUGGGCUGUGGUGGCGCACGCCAUUAAUCCCAGCACUCGGGAGGCAGAAGCAGGUGAAUCCUUGUGAGUUUGAGGCCAGCCUGGUCUACAAGAGCUAGUUCCAGGACAGCUAGGACUGUUAUACAGGGAAACCCUGUCUCGAAAAACCAAAAAAAAAGAAAAAAAGAAAAAGAAAUGCUAUACAUUCCAUUGCUAGGGCAGGACAAAGCAAAUCCAGUGCUGGCUGAAGAUGCCCUUCUAAGGCAAUAUAACCUGAAUAAAGAAGUGGUUGAAGGAAACAAAUGAGUACAAGAACGUAAUUAAAAAGCAGCAGCACAAAUGAAUACCCCACUAGCACAGGGAUGGCUGAGUGUGGACAGAAGCGCAGGCUGCAGGACAGUUAACUGAUACUAACUCGAAGCAAGCUAUUCUCUGCAAGGCAGGCACUGGCAGCACCGGCAUGGCCUCUGUGCCUUUAGUGACUAAUGAAGGCACACAGAAAGAAUGAAAAUACUGUGUUCCGCCGGGCGGUGGUGGCACACGCCUUUAAUCCCAGCACUCGGGAGGCAGAGGCAGGCGGAUCUCUGUGAGUUCGAGGCCAGCCUGGUCUACAAGAGCUAGUUCCAGGACAGGAACCAAAGCUACAGAGAAACCCUGUCUCGAAAAUAAAAAAAAAAAAAAUGCUGUGCUCCAAAUGGCAUAGAUCCCUGGAAAACAAGUAACCCCGCUACCAGUGUUAGCAACAGUAAUAAGGAAGGGAGCAAUUACAUUCUCAGCUAAAUUGCUCUUGAAUGAAUAUCUGUGUAAUGAACAGAUGUGGUCAGGCUGCAGGAGCACAGUAGUGUUGAUGAGGUCCACCGUUAGCUUCAGCUUGAGUUUACAUUAGUUCAUUAUGUGUGGUACGAUGGCUUGGAACAUAGCCUGGUAUUUUAUCAUACAUGCACAUAGAUUUCUAGAAUAAUGGUAAUUUAUGGGUACAUUGGGAUAAGCCAACCCACAACUAAAAAUAUGUUGGUGAAAUCAUUAAAUAUAUCCUGGGCUAUAUACAUGAUGGCAUAUGUUUUUAAUACCAGCAGGGAGAUCUGAGUUCACACCAAUCUGAUUUACAUAGCAAGUUCCAGGCCAACCAUGGCUAUGUAGUGAGUCCUUGUCUCAAAACAAAAUCCUGAACAUGGCCACAAACUGUGAACUUUAAAAAGUAUGUGUGCACCACUUGAGAGGUUGAGGCAGGAGGAUAGCUAGUUCUGGGCCAGUCUGAGCUACAGAGUUUGAUCCUAUUUUAGAAAAACAAACCCAAACUCCCAACCUUCUCCAAAAACGGUGUCUAAGUCAUCUUCUCUCUUCACACAUGAAUAAAAUUAGAUCUAAAAUGCAAAAACAAAACAAAAACCUUUACUUGUAAAUUCUUACUCAUUUUCCUUGGGUCAAAGAAAAAUAAAAA